UUGGCUUCUGUUGAUGUCAAAAAGUUACACAAGCCCGGGAUGAGGUUGUACAACAGGACGGUUUUACAACCUUAAACGAGGCUGCACGCCCACAGUCACUUGUACCGGUCACACCUGAGCUUUCAUAAGAGGUCUUAUUACAGAUACAGAUAUUCAACCUAUUGGGUGAAUCAUUUGACAGACUCGUCCACGCCGUCUCGCCUUCUGGACUAAAACCUUAAAAGAAACGCGCUUUUUUUCGUUUUUCACUAGCGUCUUUGAGUGACAAUACACUAUUGGGAAUAUACCAGUAUGUUAAUGUGAUUGUCUCGUCGUCGCAACAACAAAAAACAAGCAACCCACAGCUGUAUGACUGUCGCAGGCUCCGCUGCUUUUAUACCGCUCACAUUGGGGACAAUUGUAGCCUGAGAAGUGUUGAUCUCCCAAACAAACCUUUCAGCCAUGGAGUUGAGUUCGGUGAUUUUAACGACCGGGGGCUCCUUCGGAUUUUUUAGACUAGUCAACGCUGGAGCAGGAAAGCUCCCUAUGCCUGAAUCUGCGCGCAGGAACGCAUGGAAAUGGAGAAAUAUCUGUGCAUCCUUCGUGCACAGUUUCAUCACUGCGAUAUGGGCAGUGCUUUGCUUCUACUGUCACCCACAGAUGGCUGAAGAUUUGAUAGAAACUCACUCUGAGUUUUCUCAUGCUUUGGUGUCGUUUUCCAUCGGUUACUUCAUCUAUGACUUCUUUGACAUGGUGAUGAACCAGAAGUUGAGUCAGUCCUGGGAGCUUCUCUUUCAUCACUUGGUGGUGAUCACCUGUUUCGGCCUCUCGGUGCUGUCCUGCCGCUAUGUGGGGUUUGCCGUGGUGGCCCUGUUGGUGGAGAUAAACUCUGUGUUCCUCCACCUCAGGCAAACCCUGCGUAUGGCCAACAUUGCCACAGGCACCCUGUACCGGGUCAACAGCAUGAUCAACCUGGGCACAUACGUGGUGUUCCGCAUCAACACGCUGGCCUGGAUGACCCGCUGGCUGGUGCUCAACAGGGACAAGGUUCCCCUCCUGGCCUACACGCUGGGCAGUGUGGGUAUGGCCAUCAUGACGGCCAUGAACAUUGUUCUGUUUUAUCGGCUCCUCAGGAGCGACUUUUUGAAGAGCAGCACCCGGGAGACCAAGAAAGAGAAGGAGAUGGAUUAGAGAUGGAUUAGAUUCAUAAACAUGCCCGUUACUGUUAACACAGAGAUUUGGUACCGUUUUGCUUGUGUGUGUGUGAUAUUCUCAAAGAGAGAUCCUUCUAUCUCUCAUACAUGCAUACAAACUGUAAUCAUUUGGCUUCACUUCAAACACAGAUCACACACAGCCAUUAUGUUAAAAAGCAACAUUUAGUUGUAGUUUUAAUUUUAGGCUUCUGUAUCUGUGUGUGUGGUACAGUCAUCUUCAAGUGCCAUUAGUGGCUCACUAAUGGUACAAGGAGGAUUCUUCAUAUCAACAAGGUAAAUGCCUUACUGUCCCACAGGGACAGGGCACUUUCUUAAGAUAAACCCACCAACUGUCAUAUUAUAUCAAUAGAAAACAUGGAACUAGUAUAAAAUAUCUUUAGUUAUAUCAUAAGAAUAGCCUUAUUGUUUAUAUAUAAAAUAUUUUUUUGUUUUAACUUACUGUCGUGGGUUAUUCAAAAUAACCUUUUUUACAACUGAGUAAAAUCUUUUUUCUUUCACCAAAUCUCCUCAACUAAAAAACACCUGCUACCUCAGAAAGCUUGGUAUCAAUUAGUUGCCUCUUUCUAACACAAGCUUUGCUCUCAAAGUUUGGCAGGUUCUUUGAUAUUAAAGAAGAAAAACAUAAACACAAAAUAUGUAUAUUUAAAGAUUACAUUUGUUUGUAGAGUAAGGCUGUCAUGGUAAUCCCAACCCUGACUUGGGGAGAGAAUAGGUUGAAGAAUAACUACUAAAUACUUUCAAGUGGCAUUUAAAUAAAACGGAUCAGAUUUUACUUUGAUGACCCAAAACAGCAAAUUUGGUUGUUGGUUGUCGCCAUUUUAUGCCUUGCUUAACUUUAUUAAAACAUUUAGGAACAAUUAUUCAUACAAGCGUGAACAAAUUGGCAGGUUUAACAUUCCUUAUAAUUAUAAUAAAACCAAAUUGAGUAGAUUCUGACUUCAGUGGCUCAUAGAUAAAUAACAAUAGCAAAAGAGAGAGAGGUUGCUGUAUUUGUGAGUUCACUUGAAGUCUGUAUAAUGACACAAAAACAAGAUAGGCUUAACAACAACAGAUAUUGCUGCAGUGCAAACUGAAAUGAUUGUAAGUGUUCCUUUAGUGGUCUGUGAUGGUGUAUAGUCUGCAGUAGGAGCUUUCAGACAGGCAGAAGUUGUUGUUCUUCAUUUGGCCAAUGGAAGGCAGCACACUUCUCAGCAUCACCCCAGCGAUAUCAAUGCACACCACAACACCAGAGGUGUCUUUACUUCGUAACCUCUUUCUGUAUCUGUGCUUCCUGCCUUAAAUUCGAAGUUGUCAAUAAGCUAAAAUAGAUGCAGAGAAAUUCCCGAGGUUGGUGUUGGAACAAGCGUGUCUGAGAUGUGUGAAUACAGCAAACUGAUUACACAUGGCUGCCUACUCUUACUGCUCACAUCACAGCAUUAUGGUCUUUAAAUGGCAUGGAAACAUGUUAUGCCAUUUAUGUUUUGUGUUUUUGCUUUUUUAUGUAUAUUAAUUGUUUGGGAGGUUAAUUUGUGUAUAUUUGUAAUUUAUUAUUAUUAUUAUAGAAGUUGUGGUGUAAAGAUAAGGUGAACACAGCGUUCAGUGAAUCUCCCCCUUGUGAAAAACACUUAAUACUUAAACCAGGCUGUCCAGCGAUAUUACGAACAAAGCCACGUAUUCAGUGAACAGACUAGAACAUACUGUACUUGGUUGGACUUGGAAGGAAACAUGCAAUGUAGCAGAGUAAGUGACACAAACACCGUCCACAAAUGUAACUCUUUGUCCACGUUAUCCACAUUAAGACAUCACUGCGCUGAAGAAACGGCACUGUUUGGGAGAAAGACAGGAAGGUUUAGAUUAUUGUUGUUGUGGCUGAUUGUCGUUUGAGUAACUCCCUUUUUUGAAUUGUUGUUGUGAAUUUGAAUUUGAUUAGGACAGCUUAACUUUGUGGUUGUAGUGAAGACAGCUGGUGACAAUUGAAGUUCUUUCUAUUAAAUUCUAUUUGUGAAUAUGAUGUACAGUAUAAGGCGGUAAUAUUAUUGGAAUUGUACAUGUAUGAUGCCAGAUUUGUUCAUCAUGUUGCUGUGUGCUUUUAGGAAUUGUGAUAAAAACAUAUUAGCCAGGUGAGAUGUCCCUUCUUAUCAGUGUCGUAAUGAGUCUGAGGGACCUUUGGCAAAAAAACACUGUAUCAUGCAGAGAGCAGGCAUGCUAGGGUUUUCUAGUUGUAGGUAGUGGACACAAGGAAAACUAUUUCCGGAUGUAACUGCAGAGAAAGUGGCAGCAGUUAUGAUCUCGUAUUGCCUCACUGCCUUGUAUUCCUCAUCGUACACAAUAAAUGUGGUGGUCCACAGCAUUAGCUCCAUUAUUAAAGAAAAUACCAGUCUUCUUAACCGCAACCAGCAAAUACUACCAGUUUUAAUUCCCUGUUUACUCACAUUUAUUUUUCUGGUGAAUUAUGGAGCUCUGUUAAUUAUUAAAUGGAAUUCAUAACAGUGAAGACUGUUGACACUGUGCAGCUUUUCAAGGACUUCACGAAGAGGAAAAUAAAUGGAAUACUGAAGCCACGGAGACCAACUGAGGUUGUGAGAAAACAUCUGCUUUCCCGGAGCAUCAAACUGUCGCGUUUCACAGAAUUCUGUCAUGUAAGCAUAAAUAUGACAGUUUUAAUUUUUUCAUAUUUUGUCAGAGAUUGUUUUAUAAUUAAAAUUCCAAGGCAUAUGUUUAACAUUAUUUGUUUUAAUGUGAAAAUAAAGAUCAAUGGAAAAAUA